AAUCUGGAUUCAUUCGUGACAUGGUGGAAAAACCGAGGUCGCGAUGUUGUACGAGAGACGCAUUUGUGGGAGAAUAUUAUCUUAACAAAUUCCUGGCAAGUGGGGAGUUCGAAUUGUGUUUAUUUAGAUUGAUGCGAAUAAACCACUGUCAAUUUACACAAAAAUGGGGAUCACAUCCUCAACCAUCAAAAUCGUCAACGACACGAGCACCGACAUCGUCACCACUUCUGUAUCCGGCUUAGAUAGCUUCGAUUUUGUGAAAAGGAAUCAUCCAAGCAACAAACUAAACGGCUUAUCCAUAAAUGCCAAACGAUCAGUAGAAUGCAUCGUAGACCUCUACUCACCUGCAAGCCAUUGCCCUGUGACUGUCACGUUAACUUUCAAAGACAAAUCCGAAGACACUUUCCGCAUAGAUCUAAAAUAUGCUGUGGGAUGUUGCGCGCGAUUCAACCACAGCCAAAGAUCACACAAAAUGGCAUAUAGACUCGACAAUAAGAAGAUCAUUGUAACGAUCGAAAACACUGCCGAACAAAACAAGAACGAAGAAGCUGAGGAAUUGUUGAGGAAAGCUAGAGAGGCGAUGAGACAACGAUUGUAUGAUCGAUCUCUUGAUCAUAUUAAUCGCGCCAAGAAUUUAGCAACUAGAGCUGAUAUAUUUAGGAAUAUCAGGAGUGAGGAAAGUAAAGUUUGCAGUUCGUAUGGAGACAGUAUUUUCGCAGCAGGUUUAACUAUGGAAAGAGCAGAAAACUUACAAGCAGCGGAAGGUAAAUUUUCAAAAGCAAUGUCGUUCUUCCAACGAUCGUUGAAAUUGGUGUAUAGUGGAGAGACACAGCAGAAGAUUCAUCUUUCCGAGUUGAAGAUAAGUGGAAACAGAAGUGUCAGUGAGGCUAUGAAACUAAAAGAUGAAGCUUUUGAGAUGGUCGACAACGAAGAAUAUGGAACGGCCUUGAAUAAAUACGAAGUAGCUUUGCACAAAUAUAAAGAAGCUAGAAGAACAUACGUGGAAGGCUCCAGAUUAAGAGAAGAAUAUUUUUCUGAUUCUGUGAAACGUGUAGAGCAGCAGAUCGAAGAAAUUGAUGGUGCAACAACAAACACCAAAGAACGGAAACGGAACCAAGAAGCUACAGAAUUGAUAAUAUUAGCAAAAACAGCAACCAAUGAACAUCGGUAUUAUCAUAGCCUCGAAUAUCUUAACCGUGCUAAAAUACUGACGAACCAAAGUGAUGCAAUUAAAACCAUUAAGAACGAAGAAUGUCAAGUCUAUUGUCUACUCGGAGAAACUUUAUUCCAAGAAGGUAUGCGCUUGGAGAACGACGGAUCAUCAAAGAGGGCACAAAGAAAAUUCGAUGAAGCAAAGUCUUGUUUUCAACAAGCUGUCAACUUGGACAUAUUUGGACAAGAGACGGAAAGUCUCUUUCACAGAACUAUGUCUUGGGUCCAAGGAAAAGUCGGGUUGUUUCAAAACAAGCCUCAACAAAAUUUGCACAUCUCCGAGCUGAAGAUCAGCGGAAAUAACAGCUUCUUUCAAGCGGCGAAGUUAAAAAACCAAGCCGUUGAUAUGAUUAGAACUAGAAAUUAUCAAAUGGCUCUGAAUAAAUAUGCCGCAGCUUUGGGUAAAUAUCAAGAAGCUAAAAAAAAAUUCGCGGAAGGUGCCAAGUAUCGAAAAGAAUAUUUCUCGAAUUCUUUGACUGUAAUCGAUGCUCAAAUCGUGCAAAUUACUGCUGCUAUGGAAAGCACUUAUGAGCGAAAAAGAAGUGAAGAAUUCGAGCAGUUGAUGGGAGACGCUAGAGAAGCUAAAGAGCAACGUAAAUACGAUUUUGCUUUUAAAUGUCUUGAACGCGCUAGAAUCUUGGCAAAUCAAGCUAAUACAAUCGAAAUUAACAACGAAGAAAGUCAAGUUUGUAACUUGUAUGGAGAAGCAUUGUUUAAAGAAGGUGUUAGCUUGGAGGAAGAAGGACACUUCGAAAAGGCACAUACAAAAUUCGUAGAAGCAAAAUCGAUGUUUCAACGAGCUGGUGAAGAGUUUCAACGACAGUUGUAUCUGAUCGAAACGAUGAUCGAUAGAAACAGAUCUUUGACUCAAGCGUCCAAACUGAAAGAUGAAGCACUUCAGUUGAUCAAAAAGGAAGAAUAUUUUCUAGCUCUUCAUAAAUUUGACGACGCUUUAAAUAAACACGAAGAAGCUAGAGAAGUGGAGAAUACUGGACUCUGUCAACAUUUUUCAACCAAAGCUAUUACCAAACAAAUCGAGCAAAUCACUCUUGCGAUUGAAAACACCAAAAGCAAAGUACUAAUACAGAAAGCUAAAGAAGCAGCAAAACAACACUUUUUCGAAUUCGCUCUUGAAAAUCUCGAUCGUGCUAAAGCUUUUGCCAACCAGUCUGAAGCAAUUGAAUGUAUCAAAAGCGAAGAAAGGCACGUUCUUAAUUUGUGUGGAAACACGAUGUUGGAAGAAGGUUUGCUUUGGGAAAAAGAGGGACACCUGGAAAGAGCACAAGACAAAUUUGAAAAAGCAAAGAGUUCGUUCCAAAAAGUUAUGACCUUGGAUGAAAAUGAACCGGCUUUAUUUACAAAAGUGAAGUCCUGGUUUGCACAAAACAUAGGCUUGAGUAACGAAAUUCAACAAAAGUUGCGUUUAUGCGAGUUGAAAAUCAGUGCAAACGGAAUUUUUGCUGAAGCUAUUGAGCUAAAAAAGAGUGCUGUUGAAAUGGUGAAGAGUGAACAAUAUCAAAUGGUUGUGGAUAAGUACAAUGCAGCUUUGACUCGGUUUGAAGAAGCCAAGACACAGUAUGUGGAGGGUGAACACUACAAAAAAGAGUAUUUUGCUGAUUCUGUAGCAAUAGUGAACGAACAAAUUCAAGAAAGCACUCAUGCUAUCGAAAACGCUGUAAAAACAAUGCAGAACGAAGAAGCUAAAAAUCUAGUGACGCAAGCUAAAAAACAACGCUCGUACCAAUUGGCUCUUGAAUGUCUUAACCGUGCCAAAACGUUGGCAAAUCAAACUGACACAAUCGACAUUAUUAAAAACGAAGAAAGUCGUGUUUAUAGCUUGUAUGGAGACACUUUAUUUGCAGAAGGCGUGAAUCUGGAGAAAAUGAUGCAGUCCGAAGAAGCACAAAGCAAAUUUGAUAAAGCAAUGACUGUAUUUGCGUUGGUUCAAGGCAAAGAGGGUCAAGAUAAGCUGAACCUCGUGAAGUUGAAGAUUAAUGGAAACAAGAAUUUCAACGAGGGUGUCGAAUUUGAAAAUGGGGCUGCCAUUCUUGAAAAAGGACGACGUAAAACAGCGUUGAAUGAAGCUUUGGGUAAAUACAGAGAAGCACGAGAAGAUUUCGUGGAGGGUGUCGGACAAAGGGAGGAAUAUUUUUGCGAAUCUGUGCAAGUUGUCGACGAACGUAUCGAGGAAGUUGCAGUUGCUGUUAAUGAUUUAAAUUGUGUGCAAAAGUUACAGGAUAAAGUCAGUGGGCUUACAAUUAAUAACCAAACACAGGAAGUUGUUCAAUUUACAGGAGACCAAGCAGUUGUCAUUCAAAGAUGUAUUUAAAUUCAAGUUAUGUACAUUAUUGAAAACCAGUACUCAGCGAUAAUAAAUUUAUUGUUGCUUUUCUA